GGGCGUCACAUGUUACCUGAUCACUUCAUCUGAAACCACAUUUUUCAGACAUACAGUCUCUGAACUGCCGUGCCAGUAAAAUUCAGGUAACUUCGAUCCGAGUAACCUAUAUUGCCACAAGUUACAACCGCGUUUUGAUUGCUGAAUGCUGACAAAAAGCAAAACAAUAUGUGAUCCUAGUGCCAGCCAGCAUUCACAUUUGAUAUCAUCAUUAGAACAAAGAAAAAGUUUAGUAACGCUGAGAAUCUUCCUUGAGAAAUGACGAGAUAGAGGAGACAUCCUCUGACCAAGGCUCCCCUUAUAAUCUCAAGCAUGUGCGCCGAGCCACCUACUCAAUUCCUCUCAAUUUUUUUGAAAGAAUAGUUCCUCUUAAUUAAACAAAACAAGCAGCGAAAUGUGACAGCCCUUUAAAUCAGAAGGGGCACAUGGUGCUGAGGGACUGCUACUACUGCAACAGCUCAUCUUCAGAGACAGAUAGAGGAGGCAAAGUCUGAAGAAGAGAGCAAUGGGGUGCCGGUCCUGCGACAAGCCGAAGAUGAACUACAGGAAGGGGCUGUGGUCACCUGAGGAGGACCAGAGGCUGAAGGAUUACAUCCUCAAGCAUGGCCUUGGCUGCUGGAGUGCUGUCCCUGCAAAGGCUGGUCUCCAGAGAAAUGGCAAGAGCUGCCGCUUGCGUUGGAUCAACUACUUGCGGCCCGGAUUGAAGCGUGGAAUGUUCUCCCAGGAGGAGGAAGACGUCGUCAUCAACCUUCAAGCCAAGCUGGGCAACAAGUGGUCUCAGAUUGCGAUGCAUCUGCCCGGGAGGACAGACAACGAGGUGAAGAACUACUGGAACUCCUACCUGAAGAAGAGGGUGAUGCAGGCACAGGGCGGCUCCAACCCCAAGAGCCCAGCUGAGCUCACCUCCAUGAGCACCACCGAGCCUUCCAUGCACCACCACAUCAAGAACAGCAGCGGCAGCACCACGACUUCCCACGAUCAAGACGCAAACAUCAGCAGCAACGGCGGCAGCCAUGCCUUAUCAGCUCCUGCACCUGUAACCCAGCCAUUCGAUCACCAGGCGCAGCAGCAGUCCAAGAACUUCAUGUUCUCCGACUGGGUGCCGGCGCCGGAGAGCUACUCGGUGUCCGCGCACUGGCCCGCCUCGACGGCGAGCUCCGGCAACGUGACGCUGUCGCACGGCGUCGCGUUCGGGGACCAGAUGAGCGGCAGGUAUGGCGCACUCCAGGAUCACCAGAGCGCUGCUGCUGCUCAUGGCGCUACCACCGGCAUUGCAGGAGGCGGUUACUUUGACAUGCUGAACAUGGGAGACAUCUACGGUGGAUUCAGCUCGACGAACGAUGAUUUGCUCUUCUGAACUGAUGCCGUGGGAGGUGUGAUCAGUGUUGGUGUUGUGCAUGAGAGUAAAAGCAUGAAAUGCCACGGUAUACUUGUUCGAUUUGAUUCUUCUUCUUUUGUAAGAAUUAAUUGUUAUGUAGAGAACACACCCUAGGCUGGACAUAAUUCUUUGGUCGUUUCUACAAUAAAAAGCGUAUCAAUUUGUUUGUGCAAGUGUAAAUGUGAGUUAGUCUAUGCUUCUGACAAAAUGUCCGAUGUAAUCAAGUCAAUGCUCGAUUACUUCUGAAAAGUUCUACAGGUACUUGUUUGGAGUGGAAAUGGAACAGCGAAAUCAAAUCGGUUAAGUACUGCAUCACAUGUUCUAAUCGAU